AUCAUACAGAGGGAAAGUUGACCACCCUUCUGUGGACUCUCUACCUCUGCCUUUUUUUUUUAAGCACGCGCGCGCUCGUCCGGCACCGCUCCUCUUUCACUAAACCCGCGUCUCUCCGCGUACCUCGCGCCAGAUGUGUGUCGGAGGCGCGCGCGCAGGCCGAUAGCGUGCGUGCGGACGCAUGCGCGGUCUUGUGCGUGAGCAAACCGGGGAGUCGGGUUCAAAGGAGGAAAUAUGGCGGAAAACAAAGGAGGAGGAGGCGGCGGCGGUGGCGAGGAGGGGGCUGGGGAGGCCGGGCCGGCUGGGGGUGGACCCGAGCCUGUCACCUCCGCGGCGGCAGUCGCUGUCACCUCCGCGGCGGCAGUCGCGUCCCCGUCCCCUCCUGCCCCCGCCGGGCCCGAGGAGAGGGAGAGUCCCGCCGCGGUGGUCCUGGCUGCGGCGCCGGACAAGGGCCCAGGGGAGGCGGAGGCCGCGGCGCCGAUGGUGGUGAGCGUAGGCCCGGCCUCCGGCUCCGUGCCGGCUCCGCUGGGCCCCAGCCCUGCGCCCCCCGCCCUCUCCAGCGCCGCGCUGGGCCCGCUGUCGCUCCUGGACACCUGCGCAGUGUGUGCGCAGAGCCUGCAGAGCCGGGAGGUCGAGCCGAAGCUGCUGCCCUGCCUUCACUCCUUUUGCCGACGCUGCCUACCGGAGCCUGAACGCCAGCUCAACGUGCCCGUGCCCGGCGGCGCCAACGGGGACAUUCAGCAGGUUGGUGUGAUCAGGUGUCCAAUCUGUCGCCAGGAAUGCAGGCAAAUAGAUUUGGUUGAUAACUACUUUGUCAAAGACACAUCUGAAACACCUAGCAGCUCUGAUGAGAAAUCUGAACAGGUGUGCACCAGCUGUGAAGACAACUCUAGUGCUGUUGGUUUUUGUGUGGAAUGUGGAGAAUGGCUGUGCAAAACUUGCAUAGAAGCUCAUCAACGAGUUAAAUUUACAAAGGAUCACAUGAUCAGAAAGAAGGAAGAUGUCUCUUCAGAGGCUGUUGGAGCAUCUGGCCAACGUCCUGUCUUCUGUCCUGUGCACAAACAAGAACAGUUAAAACUUUUCUGUGAAACCUGCGACAGGCUGACAUGCAGGGACUGUCAGUUACUGGAACACAAAGAACAUAGAUACCAGUUUUUGGAAGAAGCGUUUCAGAAUCAAAAGGGUGCUAUUGAGAAUCUGUUAGCCAAACUCCUUGAAAAGAAGAAUUAUGUUAACUUUGCAGCUUCUCAAGUGCAAAAUAGGAUAAAAGAAGUAAAUGAAACUAACAAACGAGUAGAACAGGAAAUUAAAGUGGCUAUUUUUACCCUCAUUAAUGAAAUAAAUAAAAAAGGAAAAUCUCUCUUACAACAGCUUGAGACUGUAACAAAGGAGAGACAGAUGAAGCUAAUACAACAGCAGAAUGAUAUCAGCAGUCUGUCACGGCAGGUGAAACAUGUGAUGAACUUUACUAAUUGGGCUAUUACAAGUGGCAGCAGCACAGCCUUACUCUAUAGCAAGCGACUGAUCACGUUCCAGCUGCGACAUAUUUUAAAAGCACGAUGUGAUCCUGUCCUAGCUGCUAAUGGAGCAAUACGCUUCCAUUGUGAUCCCACAUUCUGGGCAAAGAAUGUAGUCAACUUAGCAACAACUCCUCUUACUCUCUUGGAGGACACUUUCGAGGUUCCUCAAGCUUCAGGGCAGCUUGUUGGGCAGUGUGAGGGGAUGCUUCUGGAAAGGGGGAGGUAUCGGAACCCCCCACUACAUGUGCAGAGCUCACCAUGCGGCCCUUUGGAUUGGGGCUAUACAUUGGGAACUGAAAAAGGUAAUCUUGUUAUUGAAAAUAAGCCAACCCAAGGUUACACUCCUAACGUAGUAGUGGGACAGGUUCCUCCAGGAACAAACCACAUCAGCAAACCUCCACCGCAAAUUAAUCUUGCACAGCUUCGGCUCCAGCAUAUGCAACAGCAGGUGUAUGCACAACAAAAACACCAGCAGUUACAACAGAUGAGGAUGGGGCAGCCUGCAGGGCAGAUCCCUCGCCAGGCAGGCCCACAAAUGCUGCAGCAACAGCCUCCCAGGUUGAUAAGUAUGCAGACCAUGCAGAGGGGUAUGAAUUGCGGUGCUUUCCAAGCCCACCAGAUGAGAAUGGCUCAGAACACUGCUCGUCUCCCAGGGAUGCCACGCCACAACGGGCCCCAGUACCCCAUGAUGCAGCCACACUUACAAAGACAAGUAUAUGCUCAUUCAAACCCAGGACAUGCAGGACCCUUCCCAGUUGUUUCAGUGCAUAAUAGUACUAUCAAUCCAACAAGCCCUACAACAGCCACCAUGGCCAAUGCUAACCGUGGUCCAACAAGCCCAUCUGUAGCAGCAAUAGAGCUCAUUCCCUCAGUAACUAACCCAGAGAAUCUGCCUUCCUUGCCCGAUAUUCCUCCCAUACAGCUGGAAGAUGCUGGUUCCAGUAACUUAGAUAAUUUACUAAGUAGAUAUAUCGCAGGCAGCCAUCUACCCCCUCAGCCUAUAAGCAGCAUGAAUCCCUCCCCUGGGCCCUCAGCCCUAUCUCCAGGCUCAUCAGGUUUAUCAAAUUCUCACACCCCUGUGAGGCCACCUAGUACCUCCAGCACAGGCAGUAGAGGCAGCUGUGGCUCAUCAGGCCGAACAGUUGAAAAGAACAAUAUUAGUUUCAAAUCUGAUCAUGUGAAAGUUAAGCAGGAGCCAGGUACAGAAGAAGAGGUAUGCAGUUACUCAGGACCAUUGAAGCAGGAAAAAACAGAGGAUGGAAGAAGGAGUGCUUGCAUGCUUAGCAGUCCUGAGAGCAGCUUGACACCACCACUUUCCACAAACUUGCAUCUAGAAAGUGAAUUAGAAGCACUGGGAAGUAUAGAAAACCAUGUUAAAACUGAACCAGCAGACUUGAGUGAAAGCUGCAAGCAGUCUGGACACAGUCUUGUAAAUGGCAAGUCUCCAGUGCGUAGCCUCAUGCACCGAUCAGCUAGAUCUGGAGGAGAAGGCAAUAACAAAGAUGAUGAUCCUAAUGAAGACUGGUGUGCUGUGUGCCAAAAUGGAGGAGACCUGUUAUGUUGUGAAAAGUGCCCGAAGGUUUUCCACCUCACAUGUCAUGUACCCACUCUCCUCAGCUUCCCAAGUGGAGACUGGAUAUGUACAUUUUGCCGUGAUCUUAGCAAACCUGAAGUAGAAUAUGACUGUGACAAUUUGCAGCAUAGUAAGAAGGGGAAAACGGCACAAGGUUUGAGUCCUGUGGACCAAAGGAAAUGUGAGCGCCUCCUGCUUUACCUGUAUUGCCAUGAACUGAGCAUUGAAUUCCAGGAGCCAGUCCCAGCCUCGAUACCAAAUUACUAUAAAAUAAUAAAGAAACCAAUGGAUUUAUCUACAGUAAAGAAGAAACUGCAGAAGAAACAUUCCCAGCACUACCAGACGCCUGAAGAUUUUGUGGCAGAUGUUCGGCUGAUCUUCAAGAACUGUGAAAGGUUUAAUGAAAUGAUGAAAGUUGUUCAAGUUUAUGCAGAAACACAAGAGAUUAAUUUGAAGGCUGAUUCAGAAGUAGCACAGGCAGGGAAGGCAGUUGCAUUAUACUUUGAAGAUAAACUUACAGAGAUCUACCCAGACAGGACCUUCCAACCUUUACCUGAAUUUGAGCAAGAAGAGGAUGAUGCUGAAGUAACAGAUGACUCCGAUGAAGAUUUUAUACAGCCACGUAGAAAACGCCUAAAAUCAGAUGAGAGACCAGUGCAUAUAAAGUAACCUGUUUAAAACGGACCUAAACUGUUGUAAAAAGAAAAACAUAUUUAAGUGUUCCUGGAAUAUUAUCAUGCCUUCAGUGGCCAUCUUUUUGAAGCUGAUAGUGUUCAGACAGUAUUAGCAUACAAAAAGCAUUUGUACAGAAACAUACUUGUCAAAAAGGGGGAAAACUUUCAACUUCUGUUCUUGGUUUUGUGUUUGGUUUUUUUUUUAAGUGUUUGAAUUUUCAUUUGGAUUUUUACUGAGAAUACUCCCUCACUUCUCAGAUAGAGGUGUGGGAUGAAUGUUGAUAAACAAGUUUUAUAUGAUGACAUUUGUACAAACAGUGAACUCUUGUCACUACUUAGUAACUAUUUCUGAAAGACUGGACCAAGACCGUCAUGUUUUGUUUUUGUACUGGGCUGCAGUUUAAACUGCAAGAAACCUUCCUGAAGAUCCUGUUCAUGCAACCCUAGGUGUGAAUUGGAUUGUUUUUAUUCAUCGUCUCAUCUAAGUGGUAUUGAGAGUAUCAUAUUUUGUGUUGGGUCAGAUAGCUAGGUUCUGCUUUCUUUAACUGACUUGUAUAGAAGUAUCGUAACUUGAUCAUUAAAUCAUUUUGAAUUGGAGAAUGCAGGAGUGCGAGUGCUUCAUAUGUGCUUCAUUAAGUGUGGUUGCAAUUAAUGCUUUUCAGUAGGGUACAUGGUGUCACUUGGAAGUCCUAUGCACAGAACAUUUAAGUGAGUAUCCUCUUGGAGUUUAUUGAUCCUAUUUUUCUUCCCUUAAAAGGCAGGAUGUUGGCUGCAAUACUGGUUAUAUUGCUCUUAAUAAAUUCAGAUUUAGACUAUGAAGUUCAUGACUGUCCAGUCUUCCCUAAUAACAGUUUCUGAUAGACCACUAUCAGCAAACAGUAGCUCUGUCAACUAUCAAAUGUGCAAAAUUUCCUGUAUUCAUUCUGUCUUAUUUGUAAAUAGUGGUACUGUAAAUUCUUUCAGACAGCAACAUUUGCUGGUCUGUUUUUAAGCUACUAUGUAUUCUUACUAAUGUUCCUAAUCAAGAACAGAUUUAUAUGUUGUCUAUUUCUAAAACUGAGUUCAUUAUUAAUUUGUUAGAGCUACUCAGAUGCUUUUCUUCAGAAGCAGCUUAAAUGAAAUGUCUAAGAAGAAGAAUGAGCUUGUUGACAGAGUUACUUGUCCAUUCUUAAAACAGCAAACUUGCAUGGACCAGUGUAUUAGACAAGUGACUUCCAGGUAGAUGAUGAAAUGGGCCAUCCCCAGUUGCGAUAAUCUGCAUGUAAGCAAGCUCUUCACUCCUGCCUCAAUAGCAACAUUGAGAGCAGAAAUAUAUGUGUUAUUGUAAUCCAAUGUUAAAACAGGUAAAAUUCCCUAUCUGAUCUGUAUUGAACAGCACCAGGGAACGUGAUUUCAAGCCCUUGUACAGCACAUUUUAUUCUUAUGCCAGUUUCAAAAAUGCAGAAGAUACAGAGGUGACCAAAAUGUAAAUUUUGCUGUGACAUUUAGUUAAUUCAUCAUGGCAAAUGAUUCACAGAGAAUAUAAAGAAAUGUAAUACAGUAGGGAUGAAUAGCUGCUAUUGCACAAUGUGUUGUCUCAAUAAUGCAGAGAGUUUUAAUAAAAAUGUGUGUAUUCAUUUUCUGUGUGCAGACAGGAUGCAACCAAACCUGUGAUUUAGAAAAGUAGUUAAAGGUAUUUUAUGGCUUUGAUUCAUAGUUUUGGAUUAUCUUUAACAUUAUUCAACGUACAAGCAUCCAACAGAAUUUAAAGAUUUACAAGGUGUUUUCCAAAGGUUUUUGACUAGCAAAUGAAAUAAUUCUAAAUUGUCUGUAUUUGAAUAUAGUGAUCAUUGCCCUAUUUAAAUGACCUGGUCAAACAUUCCUUUUCCUGAUGGAAAGUCAACAAUAACAGUAGAGGCAAGUCUCAGUAUCAUGCCUAUCUUUUCCAUGCACAGAAGGCAGUGUUGAAACUACGACGUGUUAAGGUUUUUCAAUACAUGGGGUCACCUGACAUACACACCACUAAUUUUAAAAAAUCUGGGGAUAGGCUCAUGGACCAAGGAAGUUCUCAAGUGGACAUAAUCAGCACAACCUGAUUUGAAUGUUACCAUCUGUGUUCAGUUGACGGGAUGAUGUGCGUGAACUGAUGGCUUGUUCUACUUAUUAAUGUGUUGACUUUAAAGAUCCCAUAAUUUUAGUAUGUCCACUUAUAACUGACAUUUUGAGAAAGUUCACAGCAUGUCAGUAAGGAAGAGUAGUAUUGAAAUUUGUAAUGGAAUAUGCACCAUGAAUUUUAAAUUUUAUGAGUUUUCUAGUAUCCUUGGCAUCUUUUUUUGUACUUUUAAGAACAUUGUACAGCCUAGCUUUCUAUAUUACCUGAAAGCUGCAACUUUGUCAACAUAGUUUAUCAUCUGAUUACAUUAAUUUAUAUUAUGGGUUAGACUGAUUACAAGCUUCCAUGCUGAAGUAGAAGAUCUGCUCUUUAGAGGAAUGUAACUAAACCAUGUACAGGAUUUGUUUUGCAAGUGGCAUUUGGCCAUGGUUUGACAUUUUUGCAGCCUUGCAACUUUGCAAAGUUCAAUGCAAAUAGAGAGAACUGUAGUAUUCUUUAAUUGUAAGGAUUUUAUUAUUAUUUACAAAAGAAUGAAUAAAUAGUUUUUCAUACAAGUUGGUUUUUGGUUGCUUUUUCUAUAUGAUUAUCUAUUUGGAAUGUAGUAGAUCAGAAAAUUCUACAUACAUUCUACAAAUUGCCAGGUUCUGUUCCUGAAAGAUGUAGGAAUUUAGACCACUGUUCUUCAACCUUGGGUCUCCGAAUGUUGUUGGACUACGAUUUCUAUCAUCCCUGACCAUUGGCCAAGCUGGCUGGGGCUGAUGAGAGUUGUAGCCCAACAUCAUCUGGGGAUCCAAGGCUGAAGAACACUGAACUAGACAGAUACGCUCAUGGGCCCUUUUUAGAUUUUAUACAUUUUUCCAGUGUUGACAAGAUUUAUUCAGCCAAAGUAAUUGUUCUGCUACCUUGUAUGUUUCAUGUGUAUUUCAUGGAUGUUUGUGCAAUAAUUGAGCUAUACUUAGAUUGAGAACACCUCUUUAUAUUAGAGAUCAGAUUUGAAGUUGAUAGUGGAACUUGCAUGUGAUAUGGAUUUACCUGUGCUGCAUAAUUACAAUAUAACUUAAGUAUGUUAUGGUCCCAAGAUAAUCUUGUCACUUAAUUUGACUUUUUGCUGUGAUUUUAAGUGUUGUAAAAAAAUAAUCAAAUAUCCCCUGUUGAUUGUAUAUGUUCCAAAAGUUUAUGUUAAUCCAAAGAAGAAAAAGGCAGUUUGCUUUGAAACAGGAAGGACGACAAGUAUACAGCGUGCUGACUGUGGACUUCUCAAUUACCUCAGCAGGGCCCCUGCCAUGUAAUUACUAGUGAUUAGUGUUAGUUUAACCAGCUAAGUAUGUUCAGGUCUUACUUAACUGUGCCCUGGAAUUAAGUGUCCUACCAUAUACUAUUAAGGCUGAAUUACUAUCCAAAAAAGGGUGUUCCCCCCCUAGCUUUUAAAAGUAGAAAUGCUGUUAAAUGUAGAUAGCCUUUUUAAUGUGAAAAGAUUCCCAUUAAAUACUAUUUGAUGUGGCAUUGACUGUCGGCAUACUGAGCACUGGAUAGAUAAGUGGAAUGUUUUAUAAACAUUUCUGAAAGCCACUGCAACCAACCAAUAUUUUUUAACAGAUCUCCCCAAUUUGCCAUUCUGUUGUAUAACUUAGUUUUAUUAGCCAGCCCUAUUUAAGUGUAGGUAAUGGCAACAGUAUGUUGAAGUUGAGUAUGUAAUGUUCUGGAUGUAGGCUUCUUUUUUCCUUUUUCCUCCUUUUCCUAGGAAAAAGCAAUAAAACUGCUUUGUCUGUUGCCUGUUUAGCAUGGCAGGAAUCCUUUUCCUUUGGGUAGUGGUUUUAUGGAAGAGUUUGUAUGUGUAUCACCCAAGUCUAGCUUUUAAGAAAUAAAGUGUGCAGUUGAUAGUGUGGCAUUUUAUUUUAAAAAUUGGGGAAAGUUAACAUAUUUUUUUAAAAAGUAGGUGUUUGAGUAAAUAACGGAGGUACUUUUUUAAAAACUUUAUAUGCCACAAUUUACAUAGACAUAUUUCAGACUAAUACAUAAGACUUGUGAUAUCAGAUAUGGCCACCACUUUUCCUUUCCAAAGUUGCAUGUGCAGUAACACUAUCCAUUAUAGCUUUUUGUGGGGAUUUUUGCCUAUUUGUUCCUCUCUUCUUUUAAAAUAUGUCUGAAUCAAAAUAGCUUUGAAAAAUUGCAGUUUUGGUUCUUAAUUUAGUAACUGAUUUACAGUAAACAAAAUUCAGUUUGCCCCUUUCUAUUUGAGUACUUUUAAAACUGGGGAGCUGCUGCUUCCUUUUAACAUUAUUUGUGACUUUGUACAAAGAAAUGCAAACAAUUUUAUAGAUCUCUUGUUUGUUUCAGCAUUCCCCUUAGCGUAAACAUAAAUUUCAAAAUGGGAGAUGAUGCAUGUUUGUUAAAGGCCUACAAAUAUGGGCAUUUCUUCAGUUCAAAAUGCCAUUAAACAUGUAUAUAACAGGUCUAUAAAGAUUUGUGCAAUUGAAAGCCUGUUUUAAUUUUAUAUGUAAACCUACAAGUCAAAGGGUUCAAUUCCCAAUAUUCUUUCUGGUAAUUAAAACUGGUACUUUUUGCACAUAGUUAACUUUACUGAUUCUUCAAAAAAAGUGCUGUUUCUGUGGUAUUGUAUUCUCUGAAUAAUAUUUAAUUUUUUAACAAGUUAACGUUUCUAAUUGUUCAGUUCCUGUGUUAUUUGGCUGGUGUGUAAUAAAGGCAUUUUUUUCCUUUA